AUGGGUUUUCAACUUCUCUUGAGUACGUUGGCAUUACUUGUGUUUUUAUCUUCGACAAAUGCAAGAACAUCUAGAGAGCUUUUAACUACCGGCGACUUCGACGUGACCUGUGCGAAAUAUGGUGCCAAGCCAGAUUCUGAUAUUUCUGAGGCUUUAGCAAAUGCGUGGAGUGAUGCUUGUGCAUCAACAUCAACAAGUAGAGUUAUUGUUCCAAAUGGGACAUACAAACUUAAAGAAGCAAGUUUCAAAGGUCCCUGCAAGGCUCCUAUUGAGCUUCAAAUCCAAGGCAUAUUACAGGCGCCACGAGAUGGGAAUCAACUAUCGAAACCUGAUACUUGGAUUGAAUUUGCAUACCUCAACAACUUCACACUAUCCGGUGGUGGAACCUUUGAUGGCCAAGGAGAAAAAGCUUGGAAAGCCAAUACUUGCCACAAGAACCUUAAGUGUUCAUCUAUGGCCAUUAAUAUGAGGUUCUACUCUGUGAGUAACUCAUUAGUCAAGGAUGUAGUUUCACUUAAUAGCAAGAACUUCCAUGUCAACAUAAUAGGGUGCGAGCAGCUUACGUUCCAACAUUUCACAGUCUCUGCACCUGGAGAUAGCGCCAACACAGAUGGAAUACAUAUCGGCCGCUCGAUGGGGGUUAACAUUACUGAUUCGAACAUCGCAACCGGAGACGAUUGCAUUUCAAUUGGUGAUGGUACCAAGCAACUAACAGUAACUAAUGUGACUUGCGGACCAGGCCAUGGAAUAAGCAUAGGAAGUCUUGGAAAGUACCAGAAAGAAGAUCCUGUUAGUGGAAUCCAUAUUAGCAAUUGUACCCUCAGCAAUACGACUAAUGGUGUUAGAAUCAAGACAUGGCCUAAUUCUCCUUCAGCUAGCACGGCAUCAGAUAUUCACUUUGAGAAUAUCAUCAUGGAUAAUGUUGGCAACCCAAUCCUCAUAGAUCAAGAAUACUGCCCAUGGAAUCUGUGCAAUAAACAGGCUCCUUCUAAAAUCAAGAUCAGCAAUGUGAGCUUCAAAAACAUUAGAGGGACGUCUUCCACUCCACUGGCCGUGAAGAUUGCAUGCGCUAAGGGCUUACCCUGUGAAAAAGUGGAGAUGAGUGACAUUGAUCUCCAGUACAAUGGAAAUGAAGGAUCGAUUACAUCUCAGUGCUCUAAUGUGAAGCCUACAAUCACUGGAGUGGCAGAUACUCUUGCUUGUGCUACCAAGCCUUGA